UCAGUUUAUUGCUUUUGCCAAAGUGCAUCUGCUGUCUCGCUAAGGAGUACAGAAAUAAUCAUGGGCAGAAAAGUGCUUUUGUUCCUGAUUGUGGGGAUCCUUAGCGCAUGGUACCUGUACACACCCCUCCCAGCGAACACUGAACAGCCUUGGGCAGUGAUGUGUUUAGAGGCAUGUCUUAAGACUAUAAAUAAUGUGAUGCAAUUGGUUGAGCUACUGGGAAUCAGCCAUUUUAUGACCGGGGUCAAUUUUCUUAUAAGUUUUGUGGAGACAUCACCGACUUCUGAUGAAAAUCUCACUGUGGUGGACACCACUUUUCACAACAUCCCUGUCCGUGUGUACAUACCAAAGCAGAAGACCAAGACACUUAGAAGAGGCAUAUUUUUUAUCCAUGGUGGUGGUUGGUGUUUGGCAAGUGCUCAGUUUUAUGGCUAUGACCUUCUGUCAAGACGGACUGCACACAGAUUGGAUGCUGUGGUCAUUUCCACCAACUACCGACUAGCACCAAAACAUCACUUUCCAAUUCAAUUUGAAGAUGUUUAUAAUGCACUAAAGUGGUUCUUGCGUCAAGCUGUCCUUCAGGAAUAUGGUGUGGACCCUAAAAGAAUUGGAGUAUCUGGAGACAGUUCUGGAGGGAACUUAGCAGCUGCAGUGGUUCAGCAGCUCCAAUGUGAUCAAGAUGUCAAGGUCAAAGUCAAGGUCCAGGCUUUGAUCUAUCCUGUUCUUCAGGCUCUGGAUUUUGACUUACCUUCCUACCGUGAAAAUGCACACUCUCCAAUUCUGAGCAAGGAGCUCGCACUCAGGUACAUCAGUGAGUACUUUACUACAGACAGAUCUUUGGAGAAAGCCAUGGCUAACAACCAGCAUAUACCUGUGCAUUCAGCUCACCUCUUCCAGUUUGUUAAUUGGAGCUCUCUGCUGCCUGAGCACUUUCGGAAAGGACACGUUUAUAAGAAGCCAACUUUUGGCAGUUCUGCACUGGCAAACAAGUACCCAGGGUUCCUGGAUGUGCGGGCAGCCCCACUGUUGGCUAACGAUACACAGCUGCGUGGCUUACCCAAGACCUAUGUGCUCACUUGUGAAUAUGAUGUCCUAAGAGAUGAUGGGGUCAUGUAUGUCACCCGACUUCAGAAUGCCAGGGUUUUGGUGACUCAUCACCACAUUGAAGAUGGAUUUCAUGGAUUGAUUUCUAUUGGACUAAAAGUUGGAGCUAGAAUGGAAAACCAGUACAUCAAUUGGCUAAGUGAUAAUCUCUAGCAAGAA